ACAAGAACGGGAUACUACUGGAGAUGGUUCAGGUUCUUACAGAUCUUGACCUUGUUAUCUUGAAAGGUUACAUCUCUUCUGAUGGUGGCUGGUUUAUGGAUGUGUUUCAUGUGACCGACCAGCUUGGGAACAAAAUUACUGAUGAAGGCCUUAUAGCUUACAUACAGAAGGCAAUGUGCGCAAGAAGGGAAGAAAUAGAAGUCCAAACGACUAUUGGCAGGGAUGUGAGACCAUGGCAUGUCAUCUCAACUGAUCAGACAGCCAUUGAGAUAACGGCUAUGGACAGACCAGGUCUGAUGUCUGAAAUAGCCGCUGCUCUCGUUGAUAUGGAAUGCAAUAUGUCUGCUGCAGUGGCAUGGACACAUAACUCCCGAGUAGCAUGCAUCCUCUAUGUUGAAGAUGGACCAACCUGCAUGCCCAUUGUGGACUUCAGUAGAAUGGUUUUCAUACGCUCUCAUCUAGAAUGCGUGGUCAGAGCCCACCACUGUGAAGGAGAGCGACAAAGUGUGAUCUUGGCUUUCCAUAAACCUGGCCUGACCCACACAGAGAGGAGGCUUCAUCAACUAAUGGCAGCUGAUAUAGACUAUUAUAUGCUCUUUCCAUAUAGUAAUGGCACGAAAAAUGGUUCUGGAAGCAACAGGGAUAAUCAGGGGGGCACCCAAGUAACGAUAUGUAAUGAAAAGGAUUACUCUACAGUAACAGUAAGUAGCAGAGACCGGCCAAAACUACUGUUUGAUACCGUGUGUGCCCUCACAGAUAUGCAUUGUGUUGUGUUUCACGCCGCCAUAAGCUCUCAUGGCUCCACAGCUAUUCAGGAGUACUACAUUCGGCACAAGGAUGGCUCCCCCCUAAACUUGGAUGCCGAAAGGAAUGUAGUAACCAAACAUUUGAUUGCAGCAGUUGAAAGGAGAGCUUCACAUGGACUGAGACUAGAGAUCACCGCCAGGAACAGGGUGGGACUGCUAUCUGAAGUGACCAGGGUUUUUAGGGAAAAUGCACUUUCUUUACUAAGGGCUGAGAUUGGAACACAAGGCCGAAGAGCAGCUGGGACCUUCUACGUUGCAGAUACCUCCGGGGAUGAUGUUGAAUCAGACAGAGUGGAGGCUAUUAGAAAUGAAAUUGGGACUGAUGUUAUCAAAGUUGUUACUGACUCUUUUGCAAGUGCUCCUCGAACUUCGGCGAGUACAAGCAGCCGAACUAGCAGCAGUGGGAGCAGCGCAGCUGAUGAAGAAGGCUCAAGAUUCUCGCUACUUCACUUAUUGCAGUCACAGUUUGAGCGAUUCUCAAGCAAUUUAAGAGCUAUCAUGUCGUAAAUCCUUGUCUCUCUCUCUCGCUCUCUCUACUUAAUGCAUUUACCAGCUUCUAGUAGUUGUCAUGUUUCCUGUACAGUUUGUUGAAACUUAAAACUUCCUGCUAUGUUUGUAAUAGUUUGUAGAAGCAACUCCGUUUACAUCUAGCCUCAUGUUGACUAAACCCUUCCUGGGAAAUAGGU